AUGGACCAGGAGCAGAGAAGAGAAGGUUACGACAUGUUUUUCUUUUUUAUAAAUUGUGUCAUAAUUUUGAUUUAUGUUCUUUUUCCUACAGCAACUGAAGUUUUGGGGAAACACGUUGACCACAGAAACCUGUUCGAACAGAGAAUGUGCUGUAAAAGACAGAGCCACUUUGUUUACAUAGGACAAGACAUCUCCGGGGGUCACGUCAGUGUGGAUGUUGGGAUGUGCAGGUCUCACUGUGGGGGACCAGGAUCCAGGACGUCCCACGAGACACAACAGCAGGAAGAUUCUAAAUACUCCUCCAUGCUGGAAUUUCUUCGGAGCAAACAACUGAGGCCCCGGGGCCCCGCAGUUCCAGAGAGCACAGACCCACUGAAGCAGCUGCCCUCCUGUGGGGUGGACCAGGUGUGUGAGCCCACUGGGAUGAGGGUGGACCGGGUUCUCCUCCAGGAGGGACACAGGGAGGUGGAGGUCAUCGAAGAGUGCCACUGUGAGGUCAAACUGAGCCAGUGCACCCGUGUCCCCGCACUGAGGACGUACUACGCUGAGACCCCAUAUGAGACGGUGAUCGACGUGGGAGGAUGUUCCCAGUCCAAGGGUUCUCCAGACGGAUUCUCCUGUGUCCCCACUAAGUUUGACUCGGCUCUGGUGGAAACCCCAAACAAAGUGGACCUCAUCCAGACUGUGGCGGCCUGUGAGCUGAAGGAAAGCUGCUACAGAGUCCCAGUGGUGGAGUAUUACUACGAAACAGUGUACCACCAGGACGGGGUCAAAGAAGAGAGGCUAAAAGAAAUAGAUGUGGGCAGAUGUUUGGGAGGCUGCACUACAGGAAACCGUUGUCUUCUCAGGAGUCCGUCUGACCCUCAAACCUGCCACUUAUGGUCUGAGAGACAGUUCAGCUCCUGUGUCCCUCAGGGCCAUGAGAGCCACAGCUUUGUCAACCAGCAUGGACUUCUACGCACAGUUCUCUCCAUCACUUCCUGUCUUUGUCAAAAAUGAAAACUGCGCCUCCCAGUGGUAAUCUACGUCCACUGUAAGGGAUGCUCUAGACUUAUCUACCCUAAACUAUUAUUGUAUUAUAUGUAAUAU